AUGUCUCAGUGGAAUCAAGUCCAACAAUUAGAAAUCAAAUUUUUGGAGCAAGUAGAUCAAUUCUACGAUGACAAUUUUCCUAUGGAAAUUCGACAUCUGUUGGCUCAGUGGAUUGAAAAUCAAGACUGGGAGGCGGCUUCCAACAAUGAAACCAUGGCAACAAUUCUUCUUCAAAACUUGUUAAUACAACUGGAUGAACAGUUAGGUCGCGUUUCCAAAGAGAAAAAUCUGCUCUUGAUACACAAUCUAAAAAGAAUUAGGAAAGUCCUCCAGGGCAAAUUUCAUGGAAAUCCAAUGCAUGUAGCUGUGGUCAUUUCAAACUGCUUAAGGGAAGAGAGGAGGAUAUUGGCUGCAGCCAACAUGCCCGUUCAGGGACCUUUGGAGAAAUCCUUACAAAGUUCUUCAGUUUCAGAAAGGCAGAGGAAUGUGGAGCACAAAGUGACUGCCAUUAGAAAUAGUGUGCAGAUGACAGAACAAGACACCAAAUAUUUAGAAGACCUGCAAGAUGAAUUUGACUACAGGUAUAAAACAAUUCAGACAAUGGAUCAGGGGGACAAGAACAAUGCCCUAAUGAAUCAGGAAGUUUUGACUCUGCAAGAAAUGCUUAACAGUCUCGACUUCAAGAGGAAGGAAGCCCUCAGUAAAAUGACACAAAUAGUCAAUGAAACGGACUUGUUAAUGAACAGCAUGCUGAUGGAAGAGCUGCAGGACUGGAAGAGGCGCCAGCAGAUCGCCUGCAUUGGAGGACCGCUCCACAAUGGGCUCGACCAGCUUCAAAACUGCUUUACACUGUUGGCAGAAAGUCUGUUCCAACUCAGAAGGCAAUUGGAGAAAUUAGAGGAGCAGUCGACUAAAAUGACAUAUGAAGGGGAUCCCAUCCCCAUGCAAAGAGCCCAUCUGCUAGAAAGAGUCACCUUCUUGAUCUACAACCUUUUUAAGAACUCAUUUGUGGUUGAACGACAGCCAUGCAUGCCAACCCACCCUCAGAGACCGAUGGUACUUAAAACUCUCAUUCAGUUCACUGUAAAGCUAAGACUACUAAUAAAAUUGCCAGAACUGAACUAUCAGGUAAAGGUGAAAGCAUCUAUUGACAAGAAUGUUUCAACUCUAAGCAAUCGAAGAUUUGUUCUUUGUGGAACUCAUGUCAAAGCCAUGUCCAUUGAAGAAUCUUCUAACGGGAGUCUCUCAGUAGAAUUUCGACAUUUGCAACCAAAGGAAAUGAAGUCCAGUGCUGGAAGCAAAGGAAAUGAGGGCUGUCACAUGGUGACUGAAGAGCUUCAUUCUAUAACCUUUGAAACACAGAUCUGCCUCUAUGGCCUGACCAUAGAUUUAGAGACCAGCUCAUUACCUGUGGUGAUGAUUUCCAAUGUCAGUCAGUUACCUAAUGCUUGGGCAUCCAUCAUUUGGUACAAUGUGUCAACCAAUGAUUCCCAGAACUUGGUUUUUUUUAAUAAUCCUCCAUCUGCCACUUUGAGUCAACUCCUGGAAGUGAUGAGCUGGCAGUUUUCAUCAUACGUAGGUCGUGGCCUUAACUCAGAUCAACUCAAUAUGUUGGCAGAGAAGCUUACAGUCCAGUCUAGCUACAAUGAUGGUCAUCUCACCUGGGCCAAGUUCUGCAAGGAACACUUACCUGGUAAAUCAUUUACCUUCUGGACAUGGCUUGAAGCAAUAUUAGAUCUAAUUAAGAAACACAUUCUUCCUCUUUGGAUCGAUGGGUAUGUCAUGGGCUUUGUUAGCAAAGAGAAGGAACGACUCUUGCUAAAGGAUAAAAUGCCUGGAACCUUUUUGUUAAGAUUCAGUGAAAGCCACCUUGGAGGAAUAACUUUCACCUGGGUAGACCAUUCUGAAAAUGGAGAAGUGAGAUUCCACUCUGUAGAACCCUACAAUAAAGGCCGGUUGUCUGCUCUGCCAUUUGCUGACAUCCUUCGAGACUACAAGGUUAUUAUGGCUGAAAACAUUCCUGAAAACCCUCUGAAGUUCCUUUAUCCUGACAUUCCCAAAGACAAAGCCUUCGGUAAACACUACAGCUCCCAGCCGUGCGAAGUCUCAAGACCAACAGAAAGGGGGGACAAAGGUUAUGUUCCAUCUGUAUUUAUCCCCAUUUCAACAAUCCGAAGUGAUUCAACUGAGCCACAUUCUCCAACAGAUCUUCUUCCCAUGUCUCCAAGUGUAUAUGCAGUGCUGAGAGAAAACCUGAGUCCCACAACAAUUGAAACUGCAAUGAAGUCUCCAUAUUCUGCUGAAUGA